AGGGGUGCCGCACUCGUUUGUUUCUAUGACACACAGGCGGAGUGAAGAGUGACAUGGCGUCUACAAGCCGGUGCGUAGUGACUUCGUCCAAUAUAAACCUCUUCGUCUUUCUUUAUCAGUGACUCUCAGAAAAUAAUUUCGUUAGAUUUGCGUUGCUAGAUGUGGUGAAAAAGUAGUUGUAGACCCGAAACCUCACAGCGUAUUGGUAUUUUCCCGUGUGUGUGCGGUGUAUUGUGCUAAGAAAGGGCUAGCUGCUGCAGCUGCUAACUAGCUUGUUGGAUGUUGCCAGAAGUCCCCAUCCGUACCGUCUUUCACUCUCGCUCUGGCUUUUUCGUUCAAAGACUUUUACACUGGAACAUUAACAUCGCUCGAAUAACUCACUUGUUUUCACCUCUGUGGCGUUUAUGCAGCAUCGUUCAGGCAGCGUGAUAAGUAACUAAAAUCAAAGCUUAUAUAUAUACAUAUUUAUAUGUGCUGCUUUAUUGACACUAGCGGACUCUUAGCUUUUCUGAAUCUGCUCUCAUGUCAUUUGAAACACAUGUAAAUGUCUUUACAGCUUCACCAUAUCCAGCCUUUACGCCUCUGGAGGCUCGUUGACGCAUAUGUUUGUCUUUCAAAAUAACUUCCGCUUUACACCGUAAUUCAAUUCAGAAUAAAUGUCAAAUAUGUAAAACUACAGACGAAUUUAGGGGAGUAAAGGCAGAGAAAUGGAAAUAUUAUCUGAUUGUUCAGGUCAUACGACUGCAUAACUUCUACAUUUAAUGUUUUUGAGGUUUUUACCAGUAAAACACGCGUUUCAGGACAAAUAGGUGGUCUUUGUCACCUUUUAAUUUGAUUUGAUCAUCCAGAACACUUAAUUUCUGUCUCAAUGUCAUGUUUUGUAAAACUGCAGUCACAUAUUACACUGUUAGUACAUGCUGUUCAAUAUUUAUUGCACUUGUGCCCAAUAUUACAAAGUAUUUUCUGUUUAUAGAAAUUGUUGCUCACUAAAAAAGAAAAAAUGUAAGGGGUAAUUAAAUCUUUUACUGGAUGUUCUUACAUAGCUGUAUGUUUUAUUGUUCCUAUACUCAUUUUACCAUUUCAAAUAUAACUUCAUUCUAUAUUGUAUAAGAGCAGGGGUGUCACACUCUGACACAACAAGGGCCAUAAUCUGGAUUUAAAUCUAAUCUGAGGGCCAAACAGAGUCGAAAUUUAACCCAAAAUAUCAGCCUCCUUAUCAACAGAUAUAUAUAUAUAUAAUAACUUUCUUUGUAUAGUACUUUUAAAAAAACAUGUUUACAAAGUGCUUUGACAUGUAGUCGUAGAGCACAUGGAAAAAGACAAAACAAAAAGAUCAGUGAAAACGGAAUUGAAGGCCAUUUUCAUGUCAUAAGGAACCCAGACAAUACAGGAACCAUGCAACAUAAAAUGAGACCAUGAGGACCAGUAAUGAUAAAUUAGAGCAAGAGAUAAAACAAUAAAAGGCCUAAAAGGUUAAUUUGUUGUAUAUAUAUAUAUAUACACACACACAACGAAAUCAAAAAUGAUAAUAAACCACUUGGAAAUUCAAAAAGUAAAAAAGAUAAAUUAAAAUACAAAGUACAAAUACAUGAGGAGAAAGUUGAAAUCACAAGUUGGAAAUGUCAAAAUGUGAGAUAAUUUUGAAAUCAAAAUAUGACUUAAAAUUUAAAACUGGAAAUUCAAGGAUUAAAAUGACAUCAAUCUAAAUACUGAGUUGAAAAAAGUCAAAGCACAAAAUAAAAAGUCCAAUCAUGUUUGACUUGUAAUCUGAAGAUGUAAAAUUGGAUAUAUAUGAUAUGAUCUUGUGGGCCAGAUAUAAUUGUUCCACGGGCCAGAUUUGGCCCCCGGGCCUUGAGUUUGACACCUGUGUAUAAGAGCAUCAGGGAUGUGAAGAUUUUCUCCUCAGUACUUGUAAUUCUGAUUACCUGCUCAUGGCAUUCGAUAUGAAGAUUGGCCAUCAGCUGUCAUUUUCUUCCUCACAGCUCUAUGGAUGAGACUUGAGUCCUGACCACUCAACAUCUCUGUAUCUCACCCAGGUUUUAUUUUUUCCCUGUCGUUCAUGCCACAAAUCAGCACUGUACUGUUGUUUUACAGUGGAGAUGUCCUGGCCCUUCCCAGAGUUACAUGCCGCAACCAUCCAGAUGCCAUUCUGGUGGAGGACUACAGAGCAGGGGACAUGAUUUGCCCAGAAUGCGGUCUUGUAGUAGGUAGGUAUACUCUAUUGAACAAAGUGCACAUUUGCUUUUGGAUCUUUGAGCCAGAGCACUUUCUGUCUGUCUUUGUUUCCUGUGCUUGUUUUUUUUUUAUUUCUCAUCAUGACCUACCUGAAGUCUGUCAAAGUGAGAUAUUUAAAUUUGUCUGCCCAGUCAUAUUGAAGGUUUGUGAGAAAAUGACUCAACUGAACCAGUUUGGCUGGUUUUGUAUAAUAGACGUGGACCACUUUGGUGACAACAAACAUCAACUCAGUUUAAAAACAAACUGAGGGCAUCAUUUCCAAAGAAUCUAGCAGCAAUCUGAGAUAAACUUUGUCUCUGUAUCACAAUUCUGUCUGCCUCUGGAUGUCAAUUUAUAGCAGGGGUGGGCAAUUAAUUUUUACAUGGGGCCACAUGAGAAACCUGAACGCUGUUGGAAGGCCAAACCAACAACAACUUCAACUUCAGCUUCAAUUCAAGGGGGUUCUCACAUACAGAAAAGCAAGCCCAAAUUAGCAACUACUAGUUAAAAACAAGCCCAAAAAAAGCUUACCCGUGACGAGUUUUACAAGCGACUUCUGAGAGAAAUAAGCGUAAAGUCGUUUAUAAUAAGCGGACUUGGCAACUAUAAGGCGUCUACGUAGAUUUAGCCGAUGUUUAAACUUGUCUCUGUUCACAAAUGCAGAUGUAGGAUGUAGGAAAACAACGGCUAGGUUUUCAAAAUAAAAGCAACACACUUGUAUAGCAUGUUGAUGAUUUGAUUCAUGAAGGGCCGGGCAAGGACAUCCAAAGGGCCGGAUGUGGCCCUAGAGCCGUAAAAUGCCCAGGUCUGAUUUAUAGUAUGGAGCAGCCCUUUUUCUCUGUCAUGUGGGCGGAGGUUUUGACAUCCCUGCAAUGGACUACUUUCUCCAAACUGAUGUCAUAGACAUAAAUGUUACUCUUAUUGAUGAAAUCAUUAGUUUAGUUAAACUAGUGAUUUAUUUGUCAAAUUUGUGUCUAGAAUUUUGUUUUUUUGUAACACAAUUAAACAACCUAAAUACAUUUCAUGUGGAUCCAGAGGAACAUUGAUGACAAAAUGUUUGAUCUGCAUAAAACUCUUUCCAGCCUGUAGAUGUAGAACAUUUACAUCACAAUGGUCUUUGGCACUCACACAGUUGCCUGUGGAUUGAUUUUGAACACACAUAUGAAAGAUGUACAAAGCAAAUGGUGCGAAACUCCGGUUCAAAUGGCAUUCAGACAAAAGACAAAGCUGUAAGGAACACGCUGUUCACCUCUAAUGAGCCCCCCCGAGCACAGGGUCGAUCAGAGGGGAGAUGAGGGACGCCAGCCACUCUCUGAUGAACGCUGAAGUGUCCUCAGUUCCUGCUCCUGUGGCCUCAGCAAGCUGCUUAAGAGAUGAAUGUCACAGUGCUUCCAGAUAUUGGAGAGACUGAUGGGUGGUACGAAUAAAGGGAGAAUGCCUAACAGGAUUAAAAUAUCAGAAAUCUAAUCCCGGGCAAUGCUACGCUGUAACAAGAUCCCAUACUUCUGAAAAAUGUAAGAGACAAAUGUAUCCCCCUCCAUUAUCAAAUCUGUGAUCCUCUGUACAUCUCAGAUUUGAUUGAGGUAAGUGAUGCAAGAUUUGUUCUGACCAUGUCUUAUUUUGUUUUUGUACUGCACAAGAUUAUCUGAUGAGAAUUAAGACGAGUGGCGAUGUGUACAAUGACUCCAUGAGACAAAAAGCCACAUUAUAGAGAACUUUGACCUGUGGUUCAAAUGAAGAUGUGAGCCAAAGACAGUCAGUACUGGAGGACUGAGACACUAUUUACAGCAUUAGAGACCUGGACACCUGAAGGCGUGUUUACACUAGGGAAUUAUGUGUUGAAUAUGUCAUCAUCUUUGGUUAAUUAGCCCACUGGGAUUUAAGACAGACAGACUGUGUCUCCAAUAUUGAAACAGACUCAACAGAUUAAAAUCCUUGUUUUUACAUCAUUAAAGCAGAACAGGGAUUGAUUUCUCAAGAUCUUAGAUUCAAAUACAGAAUUAAAGACAGCUCUUCAUGGGGUUUUGUAUUUGGCUUGGAUUCUGCUGUAUCUAGGCCCGUUCAAAAAAUGAUCAAACCAAAUUUCAGCAGCCCAAUGUGUGUCAAAAGAAGCAGUCAUCAGAUAUUUGCUUUGUCAUUGUUUACUGUGUCAUUUUUGUUUUUCAGGAUUUAAUCCCAGGGACAAAAAUCUAUACAUAUUUAUUCACUUUUGAUGCAUGUUUAAUUCUUUUAUUUGGGGGAUUGUGUAAAAACCAGGACAUCUUUAAGUCUGAAGGUCCAUUUCGGACGUCAAUACAAGUGUUCACAUCAGCGACGUUUUCCCGUUCUGUGAUAUUACGGCAUUUAUUUUUUCAGAUCAUGGUCGAUUUUUCUAAAGUUUCACAGACUGUGUGUCCACUUCUGACCAAUCAGAUUGCGUGUUGUUGCAACGUCAGAUUCACCGGUAUAUCCAACAUAUCCAACCGGCUGAUUGUUUACGUGUUGGAGAACAGAGUGCUCUUUGACAAAAGACACAAAUAUUACAAAGAUAACGACCUGAAGGACAACUUGUGGAGAGUCAUAGCGUCAGAUCUCUCAUAUGACGAUGGUUUGUGUGCUUUAACAGUUUGCUAACCGUCUUUGUUUUAACUUUCAUCUGUGCUAACGUAAACUAACGGUUGUUACCAUAGUUUCACGUGCUUAUCUGGUACUGGCCCCGACUCAGUUUUUGCUAUCAUGGCAGAAAGCCAUCUCAGCACCAGUGUCUAAUCAGAAUUAAAAACGAUCAGCGACCGUGGUACAGUUUCAGCUCCUGAACCAGGCAGUGAAACUCACCAAGUUCUUUUCUUUGUUGUAAUAUUGGAUGUACAAAUGUGCUGUGUUUCUUUUUCUUUUGAGAAAGCAGAAGAAGUACCAAUUCACCAUCACUGGAAGUUGAGGUAGACUCCAUUUUUGUCCUCUCGCCUUCAGCCGGGACGCUGGUUGUUAAGGGAAGGUCCCGCCCUCCUUCACCUCUGAUUGGCUAUAAGUGCUGACCGUUUGGCUUGAGCGUGUGCCGACGUUUCCAGCUUUUCUAGCCAAUCUGAGGCGAAGGAGGCGGGACUUUCCCCUGGAAAAGUCUUCCCCAGGAUGCAUCUUUUUCCCCUGGAAAGUCGAAAGAUCGCAUCGGGCUUGAAGUGUAUCGUCAGGCGCGUCAAAAUUGGCCCACGAAUAUUUAGUGAUUUCACAUCGAUAUUCGUGUCAGCCCCGGUGUGUAAGGACCUUUAAAGUAUAAAAAAGGCAACACUUUAUGAGACCCAUUUCACAUAUUGACUAAAAACUUUAGAAGUGCGACGUUCUAAGAGUUGAAGGGUUUGUGUUGUACUUGUGUCCACAUCGAUCUUAUCCUUUAAAGUAAAUUUGAUUUUAAACAUACACACAAAAGUUUUUGAACUUUGAUGCAGUAUCAUGAUUGUACUUCUUUCCAUUGUUACUUUUCUGAAAUUGUCCCUGAUGUGUUUGAUCUCAGGUGAUCGAGUAAUUGAUGUCGGCUCAGAGUGGAGAACGUUUUCAAACGAGAAAGCCCUCAAAGAUCCAUCCAGAGUGGGAGACGCCCAAAACCCUCUGCUCAAUGGAGGAGACCUCACCACCAUGAUUAGCAAGGUGAGAGACGGUCGUUUUUUGAGGAGUGGUGUGAAAUAUUGGUUCAGUUUACAGUUUGGUGUGAAUUUGUUUCACUUUUUACAUUUUUACACAACGAUGAGAUGAAAUCCUCCUGGCAUUUCCAGCUUUGAUAAUGUGUAUUUUUAUUGACAGUAGCUGAUACAGACCCAUCAGCUGAGGCUGGGUCCGUCAGUAAUGAUUAAACUCCGUGACAUCCACUGUGAUCAUAGAAAACCACCUCCCACUUCCUCAAAUGAAUAUUAGGCCUCUCCAGAAACAGUCUUGCUGAAGUGUAUGUCGUGUUUCCGUCACAGGGGACAGGUGCAGCUAGUUUCGAUGAGUUCGGUAACUCCAAGUACCAAAAUAGGCGGACCAUGAGCAGCUCUGACAGGGCCAUGCUCAACGCCUUCAAAGAAAUCAGCACCAUGGCGGACCGCAUCAACCUGCCGAGGAACAUCAUCGUAAGUUUAAACGUGUCGGGAAGGGAAGUUCAGCUGUUGUGCUAAUUCUGGGAUUUUUUACAUUGGACCCCCAUUGCUCUUAUGUUUGUUAAACUGACUCAUUGUUUUGAAUAAUUUCUAUCAGUAAAUAGAAAAUUAACUGUGAAAAAUAAACGCCAAUUUGCCGUCCUUCAACCCUCCUCUCCUCAUGGUGUAAUUGAGACACUUUUACUGAUCAAGUGUUUCUGUCAGGAGUGGAAACUUCGAUUCAUAUGAAGAACUGAAACCUUGCACAUGUGAACAAGAGGGAGGAAACUGAAACUAAACACUUUCGUUUUUCUCACGUGUUUGAUUGAUUUGUGUGGAAAUGAAACUGCAAAGCUUAGCUGAAGCUAAAAAAGCUCAGGUUUGCCCCAAACUGAUGUUUCAAAGACAUCAUCUUUGUGUUUGGUUCGAGACACAGACACAUAUCAAGUCUCUAGAAUACAAGGUCUGUGAUUUUCUUAGACUUUUUUCUUGGGCAAAAAAAGAGAAAAAUAUUUCACAGAUUUUUUUAUAGACUUGAACAAGUUACAAAAAGAAAAAUCAGAGAGGGGAAAAAUAUUAGUAACAAAAAAUUCCUCAAAGUUGAAACACCAUGAUCUGACUGCUGAUAAUUUCAUGUUUCUAAGUAAGCUAAGUGCUAUUUUUGUAGAUUUAAACGGCUCACUUUCAGAUGUUCCACAUAACUGAUGGGAGAAAAGUGUUGUAGAGAUCGUCUUAGAGGUUUGCUCAAGCAGUGUGUGCUGUAUAUGUUUCUUUUGCUCUCUGCAGGACAGGACAAACAACUUAUUCAAGCAGGUUUAUGAACAGAAGAGUCUGAAGGGGCGAGCCAAUGAUGCCAUCGCUUCAGCCUGUCUGUACAUCGCCUGCAGACAAGAAGGUGUCCCGAGGACAUUCAAAGGUUUAAAGAAACACUUUUAUGUACUUUUAAAGUCGUGGUUCAUCUCCUGAUUAUUGACUUUAUUGGCUGACUGUGGAAGUGGUAGUGCAGACUAAAUACAGGGGUGAGAAAAUGUCACAUUUCCUUCCCUUUCCUCCCUCUAAAUGAACUUCCUCUGCUCCCUUUCCUUCCUCAGAGAUCUGCGCUGUGUCCCGGAUCUCUAAGAAGGAGAUCGGCAGAUGUUUCAAGCUGAUCCUGAAGGCUUUGGAGACCAGCGUGGACCUCAUCACCACCGGAGACUUCAUGUCCCGCUUCUGCUCAAACCUGGGUCUGCCCAAACAGGUGCAGAUGGCGGCCACCUUCAUCGCCAGGAAGGCUGUGGAGCUGGACCUUGUGCCGGGCAGGAGCCCCAUCUCUGUGGCUGCAGCCGCUAUUUACAUGGCCUCCCAGGCCUCUGCGGAGAAGAAGACCCAGAAAGGUGAGCCAUAGGACUGAAAUACAGUUGGUGUUGAGACUGGGUUAGGAAGUUUCUGUAAAACACUUGUUUGUAUCACACUUUUUCAAGAGUUCUUGACUGAUUAGAGAGGCGUUACACAUCAGGGUUUAACGCUAACGCUGUGCUCCCAAAUUGAUCAAAUAAUGUGUUUCUUAUUAGUCGACCUUUGUACUAUUAUUUGAAAUCAAUUUUAGGUCAACUGGUCACAUGACAUGGAAGCUAUUGAAGGAAAACAGCCUUUACUGAGAACAUUGACCAGUUAUUUAUUGAUGGUCCCUUACUCAACACCCGACGUUGACAGCGAGGGUGCCGAGUAGAUUUAACCACGCUGUUCUUGUUGUUCCCGGUUAUGGAGCGUGAUGAGAAGACACCGGUAGAUCUGCAGUGAAUGUCCGUCAAACAUCCAACCUAAGACUAACUUCACAGUGGUAUUUACAUGAAAAAACAUUUGUUGCCUUGGCUAAUUUUUAACAAUUUUUUAAACAAAUUUUACAAUUCGCACAUAUCUAUAUUUGGUUGCAAAUGUGAGUGAAAUGGUCGCACUGUCGAGCCCUUCACGUGCACUGUUGUGAAGUAAUGUUUGACAACCGUUCUGUUGAUGAUGUCUAAAUUAGUGGCCGACACAUUCAGCACUAGAACUAUUUCUUUUAUACACUCUUACUAUAAAUGUGUAUUCAGGAGCCUUCAUACAGGUCCCUGCAGAGUUUUUCGGCUCUCCUUCACAUUCCUUCAUCAUCAGAGACUGUAUUAAAACCUGGAUGUAGUCCCAGUGACGCUACCAUUGAUUUCUGAAGAGAAGUUAUGAGGCUCAUUGAUGACGGGCUUCAUGUUGGAUACGCUGACUCAACCUGACUUUCUAAUCCGUCUGGUAAUAAGUAAAUAGAGCUGAGGCAAGCAUUAAGCCCCCCCCUGGUAAGAAGCUAUAAUGCACCCCCACCUGGUAGUCAGCUGAGCUUUAAAACAGAGGCAGACUAAAUUCACCCAGCAGGGUAAAUCAGUGGAGCUGCAAACAGAGGGGGAAUAAUAACACUCAGCUAAACCAGUUUAACAGCAGUUUAAGUUUAAAGAAAAACACUUUCCAACACUUGACGGUUGGGAGUUCGGCUUCCAGUCCAUCUCUGAAAACAAGUUUUGACUGUACAUAUUUAACACUGCAAACCCACAAAAGAUUCAGGCAUGACACACAGAGCUGAGACAGCCACACACUCUGCUCAGUGAUUACGUCAGACCUGAUGUGACUCAGGUUUCAAAACUUGUCAUAUUUGAAUUUGUCAAGAGACUUGCAUAUAUGAUCGACAGCACUGAUGGAAAAAAAGAUUAAAAAAGAAAAAAUAAAGCUUUAGUGGUUUAGGUUUUACGUACCUCUUAGUCCAUCUGUGGGUAAGGCCAGUCUCUUGAACUGUGACGUUAAUGGCAUCCAAGCAGCAAGAACUUCAAUAUAAAGCCUUGAAUACACGUACACUGUAAAUAUACUGUACGUACAUUACAGUAAAAUGUUUAAAACAAGGAAUACAUAAACAAUUAUCUGCUGAAAUUAAUUCGUUUGUUCUGGGGCUGCCUAAAAGUGCUGCAUACAUGAAGUAUUUCCUAUGAUCUGUUCUGAUUGCCGUUCAGCAGCAACGAAAAAGCUGUUUGAUAUCCGGUACGGCUCCGAGUUGACCCUCUCCUCUCACUCUGCCACAGAAAUCGGGGACAUCGCCGGUGUCGCAGAUGUCACGAUCAGACAGUCAUAUCGGCUCAUCUACCCACGCGCCGCAGAACUCUUCCCUCCAGAUUUCAAAUUCGACACACCCGUCGACAAGCUGCCCCAACUGUGAGCAAGACGCUCUUUACUCAGCGACAAUAUUUUCUGCUGUAAUUAUUGGAUUGUAUUCUUUCUUUUUUUUUUCUUUUUUUUAAUCAUAUUUGUGUUGGAUUUGGAAGAUUUCUCUUGUCCCUCCUAAGACUCACAGCCUUUGUCAAGGCACUCACAGGAAACAAAACGGACACAUUCCAGUGCUUAAACAGCUGGCAGACUGUGCUUACAGUAUUUCAUUUGAGUGUGUAAACUGUAACAUGUAUAUAUGUCCAAGUGGGAAAUGUAACCGAUGCUUACAAUUUUAGGCUGGUUUCAUACUGUAUACAUAAAAAAAGAUUUUCAUUAAAGCAUUACAAUAA